AUGCGAAGAGUGAUUCAAGCCAAUCAAAUGGACCCUGAAUGGCUUGCAAUCAUCGAGCAAUUGAAAACAGAGCGACCUAUCCCAGCAUUGAAGCUCAUUGCCGAUAAAAUUCAAUUUACAGAGCAGCAAAUAGCCUAUCGACUGCCUUUUGAUGAAAUUUGCGCAAGGAUAGACGAUAUACUAUCACAACUAAAUAGAGUUGAUAUACUAGAACUUGCAACAGAGUGUGUUUUUAAAAUUGCUGAUUCAUUAGAUAACACAUACGAUUUAUAUUCUAAGACCAAGAUAUUCCAACACUUGAGAAACUUCAUAGAUCGUAAGCUAAGUUCCAAAAUUACUGAAAAUUGUCUCAGAACAUUCAUCACAAUUUCGAAAGUAAACCCAGAGGAGCUUUGCAAGACAGUGGGUAUUGAUCCUCUCAUCAAAGCAAUUAACGAGUGUAGCUUAAUUGAUCAAAAAGAUGCUUUUGUAGCCAUGGCGCGAAUGACUGAGAAAUAUGUUGACAAUAACAUGAUUUCGAACUUACAAGAUAUAGCACCUUUCUUCACAGAAUAUAAUUUACGAUUAGUUAUUCACGCAGUUAAAACUUUUCAUAAUAUUGUUUCCCGCUUGAAUAUUUCAACAGCUCCACCUAAAGUAAUCAAUCAGAUUGCAGUAAGCUUACUAGUUAUUACAGAUAUGAACUCAGAUAUUCUAUUACUCGAAGAUUUAAUAAAAUUAGUUCAAAUUCAUUCUCUUUUACAUGCUUUCGUUAUUAGUCCAAUAGAUUUCAAUGGUAUUAUAUCACAGGCGCAAUCUACAUCGCGAGAAGUCGAGUUAUAUACGAAAAUUGUUUCAUUGAUUAAUGUAACGCUCAAGCACUACUCAAAAGUCAAAGCAUCGAAGUCAACGAACAUCAUAUUGAGUUUUAUCAACAAAGCAUUCCCUGUUAUCAUAGACGUUUUACAAAAUCACCGAGGAUCAGCUAAAACAAGCCUAGAAUGCAUAAAAUACAUACUCAAACUCAAUCCAUCAGCCGAUAUAUCAUGUUUAUACGAGAGUUUUACUGGUUACGCCAUAGAUAAUGAAUUGGUCAAAAGUAUUUUGGACAUAGCAAACAAUGUACCCAACCAAAUGUCUCUUGCCAAGUCUCCAAUCCCAAGUAUACUCAUUGGAGCCAAAAAGAGGCUUUCUAACGACAAAGAUUUCGUAAAAAGGGUUGAUUUAAUACUUUCUAAGCUAGAUAGCAGCGGUUUCGCAACUUUGAAGGAAAUAAAUUCAAUUACUUCGUUCGAACAACUAUACGAUCUCUUGAUUACGCAAAACAUGCCAUUAUAUGACUUUGUGAAUACAGGAGGACUCGAAGCUGCCAAGGAAUUCUUAUAUACAUACCAAGGCCGUAUAGAUGUUGUUGGAGAGGAAUCUCUAAAGCAACUUGUUGAAGCAUCUCAUUCUAUUUUGAGUGGUUUUCCAGUUCCUCAUGACGAGGACAUACUCGGAUCGGAAAGGAAUGAUAAGUUCGAGUCAUUUUCCAUCAACGUUGAUAUAGAAAUGCCGAAUAUGGGGACUGAAAAUUUCAGAUUGGAAAUAACAAUAGAUUUCUCGGCCAUUGAGGCAUUUUAUAACCAGAGAAGACGUGGAGUCACUUUUGAUAUCAUGAAAAGAAGUUUUGACAGAAAUCCAAUUAUAUCUCGCCAUUUAAAGAGGAUUGAUGAAAAAAUACAGUACUCAAAGUUGGCAGUCCUCAAUAGAAUAGCAAAUACUCCAGAAUAUAAGCGCUGUUCCUUCAAAAUUGGAAAUUCAAUUUUUUCUGCUCGAGAUAACGUUUUCCAAUCCAUUUGUAAAGUAAUAAAAGACCCUAAACUACUCAAAGAAAAGUGUCCUCUCAUCAAAAUUAUCGAAGGAGACUCAAAUCCGGCACCUUUUGAUUUAUAUCAAGUUAGCAAGGUCCCGCAACAGAUUUUACCUACCUUUGAACUAUUAUCUAUUAUACACAGACUCCAUCCAACCCUUAAUUUAGUCUGCCAAGCUUUUUCGGAUCAUAUCGCUCCAUCAUUAGCUUCAAUUGCGAACACUGUUGGCGGAUUCAGUUCGGCCGGCAGCAUGAUGUACAAUUACCCGUAUUUAUUUGAUCUCAAACACCGUAUUUUGUUCUUUAAAGAGCUGGCAUUUGAUUUACCGGCCGGAUUCUACUCUAUGUACAUAGAAUUCAUAAAGCCAGAGGCCAGGAGAAGCGAGAAAGCCAUAAAAUACAACUGUCAGUUGAAUCGGGACAAUUUGGCCGCAGAAGGAGCAACGGUUUUGAACGCUUUCGCACCUUCCAUGGGCAUCCUAGAGGUCCAAUUCAUCGGCGAUGAGGGAAUGGGUUAUGGUCCGACCCAAGAAUUUUUCACAUUAUUCUCUCACGAGCUCUGCCGCACUUCUAGAGGUCUCUGGCGAACAAAUGACCCUCAAGCGGAGUUCGCCUUCUCACAGACAGGUCUCUAUCCAAGUCCGGCAGCUUCGAACGAAGAUUUACGGUUACUUGGCAUGUUUUGUGCGAAAGCCCUUCAAACACAGUUCAUUGUAGACCUUCCUUUAUCUCCUCAUUUCAUAAGAACCCUCAGAAACGAAGAUGUUACAGUCCAAGAUGUAGAUCCUCAACUUGCCAUCGCUUUGGAGAACCCAGAAGGACUUAUUGGCCUUGAUUUCACAUAUCCUGGUCUUUAUGACUUCCCAAUUUGUCCAAACGGCCAAAUGAUCGAAAUUAAUCAAGAAAAUGUGAAUGAUUACGUUUCCAAAAUCAGAGAUUUCACAUGUGGAAAGGUCAUGAAGACAAAAUGCCACUCUUUCAUUGAAGGAUUCAACCAAGUUCUCCAUUGGGAGCCAACAUGUGUCUUUACUCCAGAAGAAUUGAUUCAGAUAAUCACAGGAAGUUUCCAGAGGAUAACAAUACAGGAUUUGAUGAAUAACGUUGAAGUCGGAACAGGAUACAAGAAGGACUCCCCAGUUAUUACUAAUUUCUUCGAAGUGAUUGAAGAGAUGAAUGACGAAGACCAGAAACUAUUAAUCAGAUUCAUAACUGGAUCAGUGAAUCUUCCAAUUGGAGGAUUGGCUGGUUUGCAGCCGAAACUGACAGUUGCGGAGAGAGCUCCAGACAAAGGAGCGAACUACGACGACUGCCUUCCUUCUGUCAUGACUUGCUUCAACUACUUCAAACUGCCGAUGUAUUCUUCCAAAGAGAUUUUGAGGGAGAGAUUGAUGACUGCUGUGAGAGGCUGCCAGGGAUCAUUCGGCCUUUCUUAA